CGUCAUCCGGAACUUUUAAUUCCUGACGUUGAGCCAUGCCGGGGUGAGAAAAUUGGCGGACUGAAACAUGCCGCUUCGUUUAGAUGCCACACUUUUAAUCCGAAAAAUUAGGAAUUUGAGGAGUUUAACGUUUAGAAGACAUCGAGUUAAAGAGAAAUGGGCUGCUUCUCGACCCAAGCACCCUCCUACCAGUUUAGCUCAACAGCAUUUUGAUGUGACCUACAACACUCAGCUGGGGCAACUCUGGCCAUCGGCUCGAAUUGCCCUGCUCUCCGAGAGAAAGUAUGGAGCUCUGGUUAAUCAUUUCUGCAAUGACGCUUUUGUAGAAGACCUCCACUCUCAAGGAUGCACAGAUUUCAUCACCGAUCCAGACAGAGAAGUACAAGCAGGUCAGGUCUCAGAGUGCAAAGUGGAGAAAUGUGAUGAUGAUGAUGUUGUUGAGCAACAGUUAUCACCCCCACAUCUCAAUCCUAACAUCAAGUGCUUUGUCUUUCCAAGAGGCGAUAUUACAAGAUUCAAGCCAGCGAGACCAGACAUGUCUGGGCUGUUGCGCUACUACUUAAUGGAUGCUGCGUCAGUAUUGCCUUGCCUUGCGCUGGAUGUUCACGAGGGCCACAAUGUGCUGGACCUCUGUGCUGCCCCAGGAGGAAAGAGCUUGGCUUUGCUCCAGACCCAAGCAAUUGGUUUUUUGUGUUUAAACGACGCCUCUGUGUCUCGGACAUUACGACUGAGAAAGGUGCUCCACAGCUACGUACCCAAGCAGCUUUUAAGCCCCGAGAGGCUCCGCAUCACUUCCUUCGAUGGCACCAAGUGGGGGGAAAUAGAACAGAACACUUUCGACAGAGUCCUUGUUGAUGUUCCUUGUACCACAGACCGACAUUCGCUCAUGGAGGAUGACAACAAUAUAUUUAAUAAGAGCAGAACCGGUGAAAGACGACGGCUGCCUCAGCUACAGCUGGAAUUACUACUGGCGGGCGUGGUAGCAGCAACUCCGGGCGGUGAGAUUGUUUACUCCACCUGUACGCUUUCUCACAUCCAGAAUGUUGCCGUUGUUGAGCAAGCCAUCUACUUGGCCCAAGAGAACCACGGCAUCCAGCUUCAGGUAGUGGAUCUGCGACCACUCACACACAUGUUCAGGAACACCUUUCACUUCGCUUCCGACCUCCACCUGGGUGAGCUGGUCGUCCCACACUUAGCUGCUAACUUUGGGCCCAUUUAUAUGUGCAAGUUAAGGAGGCUGACAUAAUUAUUGGUAGCUGGGUUUUCACUUUUUGGACUGUACUCGUUUGCUCGCCAAGCUCAGUUUAAAGUGGAUGGAUGGCCACAAAUCAGAUAACAUUCAAUUAGAGUAUAAAUAAGACUCCAAAUAUUUUAUUGUCAAGAAUACACUUCGAUGAAAUCAUUUUGACUCGUGCAUUUAACCCAGUACAUGUAAGUUACAUACUUUCAGGAGUACACAUGAGGAACCCAAGCUUUCUGUGUACUGCUAAAAUAAUAAAACCUUAUUGUCCAUUUUAGAGGAAAUUUGUUGUUUGUUUUUAACAGCAUUACUAACACCGUUAGUGUUGUCCAAUGGGUAACCUAAUUAGUUAAAACAUUACAACGGAGUUGCUGAUAGUGAAAUGUUGUGCCUUCUUUUAUACUGAUACCUACAGUAUAUCAACUAUCUGUAUGUUGCAUCACUCAUCACGGUUCAUGCCAAACACCAGGAACUAAAUAGCUAGUGGUAGGAAACAUUGUCCCCUAGCGUUUUGAAGGAGAAUUGCAAAUCACAAGCUCAAUUGUUGGUAAUAAAAAAAGCAAUUACCUUCCCAGGUAACCAAUUACAUUUAUGAAUGAGUAACCUUCUAACUAUUGCUUUUUUCUGUGAAAAUACCUAUAACUACAUACUAGGGAUGUUCCGAUCAGGAUUUUAUUCUGCCAAUAUCGAUAAUCCACGAGUGAAAUGGACAGAUACUGGACCAAUACUGAUCACAUAGAUGCAGUGUAAAUGUUUAAAUCUAGCUAUAUUAGGCUUCACCAAGGUUUUGUUCUUCUGAGCGCUACUUUUACUUCUCAUUUAUUUUCAUAGCUCACUUCAAGCCAAACAAUGCCAAUAUGUUGUUUUACCACAAUAUUAACAAAAUGCUGGAAUCUGCAGCUCACCUUUCUUUAGUAAUGAACAGUAGAACAUGGGUAAGUUUCAGGUAAAUAUCAGUUCCUGACUAAAAAGACAGAAAACUAGUUUUUUUUGUGGAAAAUAUCAAUUUCAAGCUUAACUUUCACUUGAACACAGUGUCAGGUUCAUGAGCCUCAUUUCUUAAUAAUAAUAAUAAUAAUAAUAAUAAUAAUAAUAAUAGUAACCAAGCAAACUGUGAGCAAACCAGUUUUGUAAACUGCAAUAUUUUAAGAGUUUCAUUUAUAAAAUCAUGUAGACCUUGUAUAUUCUUUGGCCACCAGAGGCCACAAAUGAGCUAUCCCAAAUCUUCCAUGAAGCCAAUAAAUCCAUCAUAUUUUACCUCCCGCUGUGUGUCACAUGAUAAUGCUUUGAGCUUGAGAAAUCACAAAUGUCUUCCCAAAUACACCAGCACCCUCUUUCAGCUUCCCAAAGAGGGCCGGGUAUUGGUCAGGUUUGAUAGCUUUGCCUAAUAAUGCGCCACAUAGCAGGACUUUAUAAUGAGCAGGCAGGCCUUGGCUUAUUUGACCAUCUCAAUAUGUGCAUUACGGUGCUGCUCCACCUCUGUUUUGCAUUGGCAUCACUCAGAGGUGAAAUGUCCCCCUAAAUGUGAGCGGCAGAGAGGUGCUUCUUUUUCCAUCACAUCAUAGAUGACCCUUUAUGUUGUCCCGGCCAGUCAAUGUAGCAUGAAAAAGGUGUGUAAAAAAAAAAAAAAAAGAAAAGCGUGAGUGUGUGUCUCUAACGAGCAGGGCAAGCGAGAGUGUCAUCCACUCUCCACUAUCAUUAAGCUGCUCCAAGCACACUGACUCCCAUCCACAUUGGACGGCCACGCUGCUCCCAGAUGAACAUUAAAAAGGCAGCAGAGAGCUAAAAUGGGACGUCUGGCCCGCUUUUGCCCCUCCGCUUUUUUAUUCCACAGAUGAGUGCAGAUAAUUAUCUCGGCGAUUGUGAGUGAUUACUGUAUUACCGAGGUACAAGGGGGAUGUAUUGGACAAUGCAGAGGGAAUUAAUGACACAUAAAAACUAUUUUUGUAUUGACUGCUUUCGUCUCCAGGGCCUUGAGUGCCUGUUCACAUCUCUUGUGAUUACCUAAACAUAUUGUAAAUAUGUGUUUCCUAUGGGGCCCUUACAUAAAUUUACAUGUUUUAACACUCAGGAGACGGCAGACUGUUAGAGAUGAGUUAGCGCUCUAUUCGGUCUGUCUCGACUUUAUUGAAUUGGCCAAUGAGGCGCUGUGCAGUUUAGUCUCCAUGUAUAAGCCAGCCAUAGACAGACGCGUGCUGCGUAUUAAAAAGAUGAAUAUCACGGGUUUAACCCUGUUUCUCGGAGGCCUGCAGAAACAAUUUCUAUGAUGUCUUUUUGUCAAUAAAGAUGCAAAACACUCACAGUCUUGCACAUUGUCCCUCAUAAAGUAUUGUACAAAUGCACGCAUGAGAUCAUUACAGUCAUUUGUGUCCAUAUUCAUCAGUUUAUGACUAAAAUAAAGUUUAUUAAGCUGUUUGGGGGUUAGAUUCAGACAACUUUGGAGCAAUUCGGCAUCAAUAGUGGUGUAAAAACCUUGACAUGAAAUAAAACUUUUAUUAUCAAUUUGCUGCGAUGAACCAAUCAGAGGACAGAAACAUGCUGCCAUUAUUGCAGGCCAGCUAGUAUAUGUGAAAUAUCAUUGUUUAGUGUAACAGCUGCGUUAUUAAUAGUGUUUAAGUGACAAGGGCCAACACUCGUGAUUGUGAAGGCCAUGUGCAGAAUAUGGCAACAUAAAGAAUCUGAAAUCUGAUUGGACAACAUAAAUCUUUACACCUAAACUGGAAGCAGUGCAGCCAAGAGACAUGCUACCAAAUUCAAAUAAUAGACUAUUGGGAAUAAAUCAAUACAUUUUCAUGGAACAAAUACCAGAAUUUAAGUUUAAGUGUAGAUGAGUGCUUUUAGACCAGCGGAGAAGGCUUUGCUGGCCUUGCCCACACAUCAAUGGAAACAUCAAGGUCAUGUAAAUGUCAUUAUAUAAAGAAACCUGAUAUUGUGCUUUUCCAGGCGUUUAUAAUCUUAUUGUCGAGGAAGUGUUUGUCCAUUUAGCAUUUCUGGACCUUGGAUGAUUUUUUUAAAAAUAGUAAUGUUGCCACACAAAAGGUUUCAUGUGUUAUAUAAUUAGUGUUGUGUAUGCGCAGUAUAUAUAUAUAUAUAUAUUUUUUUUUUAUAUUACAUUUUCAGUAUAUUUUCUUUGAUUUGAAUGUCCUCAAAAGUAGGGAUGUUCCGAUCAGGGUUUUAAGCUGCUGACACCAAUCCUGAUCAUCGAUACCGAUACCAAUCACAUAGGUGAAAUGUUAAUGUUUAAAUGUACUACUGAAUAUACUGUAUUAAAAAUCAUAAAUGGGUUUUUUUUUUCUUGAGAGAGAGCUACUUUUACAAAAUGGAAAUUGGUUUGCCCGCCACUGCUGGCCCCUCCAGCCGCAUCCCCUGCCUUCUGAACCAGAGAUGCAACCAACACCCUUUUCUGUGCCCUCGGCAUCCCGGAGAGGAGACUUUAAAGUAAAAAUAAAUUUAAUUUCUUGUGUUUUAAUGAUGUUAAGCAGUAUUUUUUGCAUGUUGGAACACAUCUAGGAACACAAUGGAACUUUUAAAACCACUCCCAAGAUUUACACUCUGUCUACCAAAUGUGUCAUUUGAAGUAUUUUCUCUCCGCCAAUGGUAGCUACAAACUUUCCUGGAGGGCACCCUAUCUUCUUUUCGGAGGCCCACAUUAGAAAUGCAGCCGUAAAUUUAGGCUGCAACCAGAUUAGCGCGAGACAGAAUGGGGGUUUUCUUCUCUCUUAAGAAGAUUACCCGGGAGGGGCAAGAUCGCAGGCGCAGUGUUUAGGAAAAAGGGGACAAGGAGAAAACAGAAGAUGAGGUGGAACUAAUGGAGGGUGGCCCGAGAUGCCGUUUAGACACCUGUUGUUUUUAAUGGCUGUCUGUACUAUCUUUAAGGCAAGAGUUAGUCCAAGUCCCGUCAGUGCUGGUUGUGUCGUCUUGGGUGUUGUUUAUUCAGAGGCACGUUUUGGCCUUGCAGCCGCAAGCCCGAUUGUUCCUCUCCUUCAAGUUCCUGCUGGCGCUUUCCAGGAGAGCUUUGAUGUGUAUCUGGCCAAUGCACACUAUUAGAGGGAUUUCCCCAGGCCUGACAGCUCAGAGAAUAUGCUGCGAAAUGGCCAUGCCAGUGGGCUAAAAGAAUGCUGGAAACAGGAUUAGGAUCAUUUUCUGGCAGACCUUGUCACCUCCUCAAUUGGCCGAGGUUUCUUACGCUGGCACUUUUCAUUCUCGGCAUGGUUAAAACCUUUAAGGGAACCAUGGAGAGGGGGCAGAGAGAGGCACUGAUUGAAUGGUACACUGUGAUUUUUGUGUGGGGAGGCUUGCUCUGGGGGGUUCUGUGUGGUACUGUGAGAGAGUGGCAGUAAAGCAGCGGGCCUGGGAGGCUUGUUCGCAAAACCUUAAACCUUUUAGUGGUGCUUUUGUUUUUCUGUUGUGCUGGACGUGGCGUCAAAAAUGUAGAAUUUAUGCUUCUACUUGUAAUGGGGAUGAACAUUUGACACUUUUACACUUGAUUAGCAGAGUGAGUGGCAGACGGGAAGUGAUGCGGGCGGAUUCACAGUUGAAUUUCAACUUGUCGUGGGUUAUGACCACAAAAGUAGCCUGUGCGUUAGCCUGUGUUGGGGAUUCAUUGAUUAGGAAUCAUUGUGCCUGUUCUGAGAUUAUUCACACCUGCAAUAAAAGCCUAUUGUUUUGGCAAUUACAGUAGCAUUACUGACACCUAGUAACCAGUGUAGACGGCUACGUCAUCAGCUUUGAAUGUUGCUGAAGUCCGACACCUUUCGUAACGAAGAGUCAAAGGAGCAAGGUGUAAAUAACAAUUUAUUAUUGUCUGUGUUUAUUUUGUGUAAGUAAUCGAACAAAAUGAACAGCUGUCCAGAAGUCCUCGGGAGCGUUUGGAAGUGUGACCAAUCACAGCAGAGUGGGCUCGGUGGGAGGCAUGCCGAGAGGAGGGCUUGAGGUGGAGAAAAUUACACAGGUGGUUUGGGUGGGAAGCAGGAAAUCCUUGGAAACACUAUAGGAAGAGGUGCAGAGUCUGGAAGACCUAGAAAGCUUUCUGUGCAGGUCUCAUUUGUAGAUGCUCUAUAAGAGUCCAGAACUCAAUACAAAGGCCCAAAAAGGAGUAUAUUAGAUCCCCCAAGCAGCAGAGGCACUUUAGAUCCAAUCU